AUGGAAAUAAGUAAUGUCCUCGUCACGAUUCCGCUCAACCAGAUUUUAGAAAGCAUCAUCUGCCACCGCACCUUUUCCGAUCUUUCAAAUGGGCUCCUCACGGCGAUGCUGUAUGGCCUAGCCGCAAAGAGGUGCGGAAGGCAGUUUAUUCUAGCAUUGUCCGUAUUGGGCGGCACGCUAGCAGCUGGAUUCGUCAUUUUUAUUUGUUCUUUCCCGGCCGUCUUCUCGCCACGGCUCGUGUGGCUAUCGUCUGCUUUCUCGUUCGUUGGAGGAGGCGUGCCCGUGUUCACGGGCAUGAGCUUUGCUUUACUAAGUGAUGCUGUUGACGAAAGUCAAAGAUCAACCACGUUCUUCUACAUGAACGCCACAACCAUUGGCAGCCAAGUAGUGGGUGGUCUACUGGCCUUUGUCCUGAUGCGUAUGAGCGCAUGGAUGUGCAUUUAUUCUGGCGUAUCUUUUGCGGCAAUCGCCACGCUCACGGCUUUUUCGCUCCCAGUAAAAACAGACAACUACAAAAGUCUUUCUGUGGAAGGCACUGCGAGUCAUGGAGCGCCACCAACGCUUCGUGGGCAGCUGAAGCAGGUCCUAGAAGCUGUCAUCUGGUUUACACGUGGAAAUCUUGUAUCAAUUUCGCUUUUGUCUACCUUGCUUACGACUACACUGGGCCGCUCCGCGCCAGAUAUUCUUCUGCAGUAUGUCACCAAACGAUACGGAUGGUCGUGGUCAGACGCUUCUUUGUUGCUAUCGAUCCACUGGUUUCUUACAUUUGGUCUUCUUGCGGUCAUUCUUCCAUCAACAACCCAGUUUCUCAUCCAAGUGAAGGGGCUGCCUACACAGAGAACCGACUUACUUCUCGCACGCUUCAGUGUCUUCUUUGCGUCAACUGGGGCCUUCUCUAUUGGUGUCUCUAGCAAUAUCCCUUUUAUGACUGCCGGCCUUGGGCUGUUUACGUUCAGUUACGCGUAUCCAAUGCUGGCACGGAGCUUGCUGGCGUCGGUCAUCGACAAGGACCAUACAGAUGUCAUGUACACCACCAUAGGCAUGUUUGAGGCUUUCGGGGCUGUUAUAGCUGGGCCGCUUCUAUCAGCGUCGUUCAGACAAGGUUUGAAAUGGGGCACAGAUUGGCUGGGGCUGCCGUUCUUGGUUACUGGGGUGCUCUUCGGAUCUGCUGCCAUCCUUCUAUGUGCUAUACGAUUACCAGGUAGAGUCGGGACCGCGAUCUAG